CUGUGACUAUGCCUCUGGGUAUGUGCUAGCUCCACUGAGCAGUCCAGGUUUGGCCAGAACUCCAGCACAACUACAAAACAAGUGGUGCCAGUGCGCUUGAAAUUGAAUGGAGAGGUAGCUCUUAGACUACUUGUUCCUGAGUGCUGAGAAAAGCCCUCCUGGGAAAGCACUUGCUCCUUUCAGAAGAGGCAGGGAUAUACCAUUCUUUCACCCAUAGACUAAACCCUUUCUCUGUGUGGGAGGGAAUUAAGGAAUAUGAUGUAGGGGCUGCCAGCAGCAUCGGGCUGUGUAAGCACAAAAGCCACAUCGGCUCUUCUGGAAAGAGGCAAGCGGCUGGUGGAGGGGGAGAGGAGGGAGACACGGCUGCGCUGCGGCUCUUCGUGCAGGCGGAUGCUGCUCGGUUCCAGCCCGACCUGCCCCGCCGCUGGAGCCUGUCCGACAGUGCCUGAGCUGGGCUGCACACAGGGACUGCGGCAGGGGACCCCUUUCCGGACACAGCCUCAUCCGCAUCCCUCUCAUCUCUGUCGGCUGCGGUAGCUCCGCAGAUGCAUCCACUUGCUGUCAAUCUCCUUCCUCCACUGGAACUACUUCACCGGGCUUUUUACCGGCAAGUUUGGGGGUUUUCCUUUAAAGCUCUUUGGGAAUAACGUGAGCAGAGGGCGCUCAAUCCCCCUCCCCGGCCAGAGGCGCUCGUACAUCCCUACUCCAAGUGUGCAGCCCUCUCCCUUUUCUCUUCCACGUUGGACGGAGUGGGGAAGCCGCAGCUUACGGAGUGUGAAGAAAGGCAGGAAGAUCCUUACGGUGCUUGCCUAUCCACCCUGUGAACAACCAGGAUGCUUACCAGAACAUGGAGUGUUGUUGCCCAAGCAUUCCUUCUUCUAAGUAUUAUUCUUGUCAUUGCUAUUGCAGUGAUUCAGAUAAAUCAGCAACAGAUCCUCUCUCCAGGGCUUAAGUAUGGAAUAGUCCUUGAUGCUGGAUCCUCUCGGACUACUGUCUACGUCUAUGAAUGGCCAGCAGAAAAAGAAAACGACACAGGAAUAGUAAGCCAAACCUUCAAGUGCAAUGUGAAAGGCCCUGGUAUAUCCAGCUAUGAGAGUAACCUUGGAGCUCUUGCCAAACCUUUUGAUGACUGCCUGAAUAAAGUCAAGGAGAGAAUACCAGUUCAUUUGCAUAAGAACACUUCUGUUUAUCUGGGGGCUACAGCUGGCAUGAGGCUGCUGAGGUUGCAAAAUGAAACGGCAGCCAAUGAAGUCCUUGCGAGCAUUCAAAACUACUUCAGAGCACAGCCUUUUGACUUUAGGGGUGCGCAAAUCAUAACGGGGCCAGAGGAAGGGCUGUAUGGAUGGAUAACAGCCAACUAUAUAAUGGGCAAUUUCUUAGAGAGAAACCUUUGGAGGACAUGGGUUCACCCUUACAGAAAAGAGACAAUGGGCGCACUGGACCUUGGAGGAGCUUCCACUCAAAUUUCAUUUAUCCCAGAGGAUUCUCAGGAGAACUUCAACAGCACCUUACAAGUGAAGUUGUAUGGUUACAACUACAAUGUCUACACACACAGCUUCCAGUGCUAUGGGAGAGAUGAAGCUGAGAAAAGGCUUUUAGCAUUGUUGCUCCAGAAAUCAAACACCAGUUCCAAUGUGGAUAAUCCAUGUUACCCUCACGAUUAUAACACCACAUUCACCAUGAAGCACGUCUCUGGCAGCCUUUGUACACAAUCCCUGAGACCAGCAAAUUACCACCCAAGUGAGCUUGUGCACUUCCAUGGAACAGGGGAUCCAGGUCUGUGCCAGGAGAUGGUUUCUUCAUUGUUCAACUUCAGUGCUUGCAGAGACAGAGAAGACUGUCCAUUUCACGGAAUACAUCAGCCAAAAGUUAAAGGGAAUUUUGUGGCUUUCUCAGGAUUCUACUAUACAAUUAAUGCUUUGAAUUUAUCUGGGCACUUUUCCCUGGCUGACUUCAAUUCAAGUAUGUGGUUUUUCUGUUCCCAGAGCUGGGCACAGCUCCAGUUUAUGCUGCCUACAUUUGAAGAAAUAUAUGCUAGAUCCUACUGUUUUUCAGCCAAUUUCAUUUAUUACUUGCUUAUACAUGGUUACAACUUUGAUGCAGAAACUUGGCCACGGAUACGUUUUCAAAAGGAGGUUGGCAACAGCAGCAUAGCGUGGGCACUCGGUUACAUGUUAAGCCUCACAAACAUGAUUCCAGCAGAAGGCAAGCUGAUCCAGUUACCUCUGAAACCUGCUUUGUUUGCUGGGCUCCUUGUCUGCCUCACAGUUACAGCAUUGUUGUGUCUUCUCUUCCUUGUGUACUUGUGGAUUGCAUCACCUCAUCGGAAGAACAUCAGCCGUGUUGAACAUGUAUUUAUUCCAGAAUGAAUGAAUUUUAUUGAACAGUUUUAUAGUACUAUGAAGGAGGACUUUAGUUUUGAGAAGUGAAGGGUGAAAUAAAGACAAAAGGCAGAAAGACUUCAGGACCAGAAGCAUGAAUAGAGGAGAGACAUUCAGGAAUCUGUGAUAUGGUAACUUGGAGUGCUUUUAUCUUGAUACUUGUUUCUGUAAACCUCACUCGUCCAGUGUGCAGCAGAGAAACAAUGGGCAGGUUUGUUAAUAAGGGAUUAAUAGCCUUUUCCUGACAGGUAUGUAUUAUUGUUAUUGUUCAUGUUGAUCUUUGCUAACUGAUAAACUCAAGUGGUGAUAGAUGUGACCACAGUGGUGGCUGUUUAAGAGUGCCACGAAACAUGGCAGCUGUCCUGGUGUGCUGUGCUGCCACUGAAAGCUCCCAGAUAAUCUAAUUUCUGAAACUGCAACAAGCACUGGGUGAUUACAGCAACUGAAAGGCACAGCUAGGGUACAAUUCCUUCUAUUGCUGUUCCAAACUAAUCUACAUAAAGGUUUAAUGAACUGCCAACACCUCUCAGGAAUGUCAAGCCUGUCUCAAAUCUAAGCUAUAUCUUUUUGUACCAUGGAGAUCUUGGCAUGGCUCCACUAUGGUACGUAAGGUUUGUUUUGAAGGUUGAACAAAAUGCUUUCCCGGUUUGGUAAUUGAACCUAAACUUAAAUGUCUCAUAGUUACCUCCAGAAGCUACUGGGGUUUUCAGUGUCCUUUAACUUUUACAGAAAUACUUUCAGUAGGUUCUCAUACUGAAACACUGAGCUGUUGAUCUCAGGCAGCUGCAGUCAGUGCUGUCAUAUAUGUGUUACUUCAACUGUCUGGAUAGACUCUCAGACCUGGGACCUUCUGAAGCAUUAACAUGUUGAGCCCUUCAUUCAGAGCCAAGAGGAACAGGAGCCACUUUGCAGACCAGCAGAAUACCCUUUCUGAGGUGUGUUCAGGAACAUGUUGCUGGAGCUGCAGUCAGGGUUGUAGUGCCUUCAUAAGCCUUUCCACUCUCCUGGCCUCAGUGUGCCUUCAGCAGCACUGAGAUCUACCUAACACAUACUCCUGUUGAACACAUCAACUCCAGAGCUUUCAGGAAGUGCUGCUCCCUUUGUGCUCCAAAGAGCUGACUUCCCUGACUUUCAGCUGACUGAAAGCACCAGCAUUCUUCACCAAACCUCUCAUUCCUUUAAGUCAUAAGACUACAAUUUUACCCACUGCUCAAGGUGUUCUUCAUAGUUGAUGCCCCUUUUACCUGUCUUUUGGUCUUCUUCAGCUGAGUUCUGAAAUAACCCUUGAAACAGUCUCCUGCCACACCAUCUGCCCUCUUUUUCCUUUGUACACUGUUAAUUCCUCUUCAUAUUGCCAUAACAUGAUCUGUGAAACUGCAAGGGUAAUACAGCUGAAGGAGUUAGAAGGAAGAAGGUACUGUUGUACUUUUGGACCUGCAAGAAGAGAAAAGAGCAUCUCUGCUUCACUUCCCUCCUCCCCUUCUACCAUCUUCUUUUGCCCAUAUUCAGUACCUCCAUGUAGCUCCAUCCCCAGAUGUCUUCCAAAUAGCCACCGCCAGUCACUUCUCAUUCCUCCCUCCCUUUCCAUCUUCUUGGUAUUGCUUCCCUUUGUGUGUCGUUUCCCCUGCUUAUGUUUUUCCUCUGUAAAGGGAUGGUCACUCAUUUAAUGCAGUUUUUCAGUGUGAGAAAGGAAAAUGGCCAUAUUCAGCAUCUACUGCUAAUGAGCUGAAGUUUGUGAGGCCACUUGAGUAGAGGUUUCCUUGCAGCUGUGUUGCAUGCAAGAGAGUGCAUGAACUCAAAGUCAAGUUAACGUUGGAUUACGAAUUGCAGUGGCAUGUAGCGUCUUUUCCAUCCUGACUUUAUCUGUUCCCCAUAUUAAUUAGGUUGUGAGAGAACAGGGGCCAGUAUUUUUAGCCAUUAAU